UAUUUCAAAGUUAACCCUGCAAAUGGAAGAAGAAGACGACAACUCUUUUUUUUCAGAUUUUUCCUAAGGAAGAUUAAUAACAACGUCUUUAGAACGACAGUAGUCGAAUAUUACUGCAUUAAGUAAAGAGGACUUAAUCAUUGACAGAUUUGUUUAACAACAAGUGCAACAAAUAAAAAUCAAUAUAGAUCUGAAGGACGCUAUGAAUAUUCCUAGAGGCACGUUAGCAAGAGCUAUAUAUGCAAAGUUUCAUAAUGAUUAUUAUUUAGACAAGUACGACACUCGUUUGUGGUAUAGCAUAAAUAAGGAACAUCAGUUCUCCUAUCAUUCUACAUUUGUUCAUUUAGUUGAGCCAGAUGGAAAUACUCUUAAAUGGUUAGAAAAGGCUAAAGAUAGUUCUACGAAUAUAUGGAUGCAUUUGUGGCACGCUUUUGCACGUAUAGCGUUGCAAUUUUUUAUGACGCAAACGGAUAUAAAUGGCUUCCUUAAACGUGGCUCAAUGUUUAUAUUAUCUGAACAACAGUUUGCGAUAAUGCUAAGUCGCGGCGGCUUUGACAGUCUGCAAUAUCAAAGGUUAAGUUUCCUCGACAUAGGCGCUGGAGAUGGAGAAAUAUCGGCAAUAUUACUAAAGGCUUUACGAAAUAUAAAUCCUGAGGUUAUAGUGGACGCCUUUGCCACUGAAGCUAGUUGGACGAUGAGGGAACGUCUGAAAAAACGUAAUUUUCAUGUUUUGGAAAACCUUGACCACUUGCAAAAUGUGCACUUAAUUUCGUGCUUGAACGUUCUCGAUCGUUGUAUAGAUCCAAUUCAAUUGUUAGAGGAUAUAUACCGAAUAUUAUCGCCGAGUGGACGCGUUAUUAUAGCUUUGGUACUGCCAUAUAUGCACUAUGUGGAAUGCAAUUCUUCACACCAACCUCUGCGUCCGCUAAUGAAUCAUUGGCCGGAGAAAGCCAAAAAUUAUUCAUUUGAGUCUGAAGCAGCUAUAUUUUUCAAAGUAUUAGAAAAUCUAGGCUUCAAAAUUGAGGCUUGGACGAAAGCUCCAUAUUUAUGCGAGGGUGAUUUAAGACAAUCGUAUUAUUGGCUUAUAGAUUUGGUAGUUAUUGCGUCGAAGGUGUUAUAGCUAUAUUCCAGUGUUGCUUUGAGUUAUACUUAAAUUACCUGUUUAAAAAUUGCAUUUAAAUGUUACUUAACGUUCUUAAAUGAAAUGUGAGCGAAUAAUCCUAAUGCCCGCGUAACGCUUUGCUAAACUAUAAGCUAAAGAUAGAAAAAAACUUAAAACUAUUGCAUUUUUGCCAUAUUCUAAGAAUUUACGAAGGAUUAUCAAUGUAAAGCAAACGAACUUAAAGGAGAGAUUAAUUAUUUUUAUGGGAUUUAAAUCUCGAGAUUAUUUAUUUAAUCUUCAAUUUUCACCUUUUUUUUACAAAUACAAAACUACACAAUUAAAACGUGUGAAGACUAAUUUGAAUGAAAUUAUUGUCCAAUUUUAUUAAUUUGAAAAAAGUAAACGGAAAGAUCUCGUUUGUAUUCUAUAAAAAGAGAUUUAUCGGAAAUUGUUUAUUAAUUACCAGAUUGUAAAAUUUCAUGAAAUAGUUACCACACGAUUGAA